AGAACGGAGAUAAGGCAACGUUUAAAACGAGGAACAAACAAAUAGGGACGGGAUUGUUAGAAGCUCGAGCUGCCGGAAACAAAUGCUAUGCAAAUCAGAAAUGGCAGCCACCCUUCACUUCUUAAAAUUUAGGAGGGAGAAAAAAGAGAAAUAGUUGCAUAGAUUAUGAACGCUUAUGGAAUGGAUUUUACACUCUUGGAUUUCGGAAUCAAUGAUAAUCUUACUUAUGAAAGAUUCACCCGUGAUUAUGAAGCUUCUUCACCAAUUGUCCAAGUUCAAUCCACCUUUCGUCAUGAUGGUACUUCCCCUUUGCCUUUGGGCAUGGAUUGGAGUCCACCUCCUCAAAAAUGGGAUGGGCGUCACACUGUUUGGCCUCAUGAUCCACAUACUGGAUGGAGAUACUGUGUCACUAUUCCUUCUUGGACUACCCUAUCCAAUUCAAGAGGCUCUGGUCCCGUUGUGUAUUACAGGGUCCAAGUUGGCAUACAGACACCAGAAGCAAUCACAACCACCCGUGGAAUAUUACGCAGAUUUAGUGAUUUCUUGAAGCUGUUUUCAGAGGUCCAAAAGCUAUUUCCCAAGAAAAUUCUGCCUCCUCCUCCUCCGAGGAGGCUUAUGGGUGCACAAAACAGGAGUUUGAUUGAGGAGAGAAGAACUUCUUUGGAAGUUUGGAUGGAUACCUUAUUAUCAAGCAUUGUUGUGUCAAGAAGUGCACCUGUGGCAAUCUUUCUGGAGUUAGAAGCUGCUGCCAGGUCUUCAUUCAAUGAUUCAUCUGGGAAUGGAGUCUCUUCAUUUGCUGAGUGUCAGUCAAGUUCUAAGAUCCCUGUGAUUGGUGAUGUUUCAUCUGUCGCAUCAGAUUAUGGUGAUAGCGCUGGGUGUGAAAAAUCGGACAUUGGAACACCUGAGCAUGGAGGUCGUGCUGUAUCUGGGGCUAGUGGGGUAAGUUCUGCAUCAGAUAUCGAAUUUACCGGUGGAACAGAAACCAUUGGUGAAGGCAUUAAGUAUUAUAAGGCCAAUAGUGGUAGGAAGAAGGAUAAAUCUUAUGAAGGUGCCUUUACAUCUCAUGAUGAGGAUGGAAAGAAGAUUCUAUCAGAUGGAGAAGAUAACAAGUUGAUGGGCAAUUUUAUGAAUAUUACUGGAAGUGAAGUAAGCUCUUCAAAACCCAGUGAAAUUUUAAACUGGGGAAAAUUUAGAGUUCAUGACAAAGGUGGACUCAACUUUUCUGUGGAAGCUGAAAGUCCGACAGAUGAGGAUCUACAGUCUACUAGCAGUUUAUUGGUGGCUCUUCCAUCAGAUCAACGCCAUAAAUUCAGUAGGGUUCUACUUACCAUGCAGAGAAGGCUGGCAACCGCAAAAGCAGAUAUGGAGGACCUUGUUGCUAGACUAAAUCAAGAGCUCGCAGUAAGACAAUACCUUACAACAAAGCUCACCGAUUUGGAAGUGGAUCUGGAAACUACUAAAGAGAAUACAAAAGACAACCUUCAACAAGCUUUUUCCACUGAAAAGGAGAGGUAUACUCAAGUGCAAUGGGAUAUGGAGGAACUUCGGAAGAAGUGUCUAGAAAUGGAAAUGAAAUUAAAGGCUGAACAGGAUGAAAAGAUGUGGGUGGCUUCCGAAAAUUUAGCUGUUAUCCAGGAGAACGAAAUGCUGAGACAGGAAUUAGAUGUGUCUAGGGGUCAACUUGAGAGCUCACAGAAACAUCAUGAAGAGUCUGAAACAAAAUCAAAAACAGAUUUGAAAGUUCUUGUCAAAGAGGUUAAGUCUCUUCGAAGUUCACAAUCAAAUUUGAAGCAGGAACUUAGCAACUCAAUGAAAGAAAAGCUAGAUCUGGAGAGAGAUCUCCAAAAUGAGAAACAAAGAAGGGAAUAUGCUAAUUCUGUUAAUGAGAAGUUGUUGCAUGAAUGUUCAAUUCUUCAAAAACGGCUUGAAGAAUCCAGUGUGAACUUCCUGGUUGAAGAGGAAGAUAAAUUAGUGCUGGAUACUUCACCAUCAGAUGCUAUCGAUCAACUUACUAUGUCUGAUAAUCGAAUUGGACUUCUUCUAGCUGAGGCUCAGCUGCUUGCUCAAGAUGUUGAAUAUUCAGCAGAAAUGUCUGACAAUACAACAACAGUGGACGAGCUGCGAAAGAUGGUUACAGAGCUCUUUAUUGACAAUGCCACAAGAAGGAAACAAAUAAAUUCUCUGAUCCGUUGCGCUCUUAAGACACUCGACCUGUCUAAUAAGCAAGAUGAAAGUAAAGAGGUGUCCUCAAAGCAAACUGUCUUGGGAAAGUUCUUGUGAAUGUUCUAACUUCUGAGUUAAUAAUGUACAGAUAUGUUAUGAAUGCAACACUUCAUCAUUUGAAUGAUGACCUUAUGUUUAAGUAUUUGAUCUUUAAUGCCCUUGAAUGGGAAUAUGUACCAUGAAAAUAAAAGAUUGAGCUUUUCAUUUGACAGAUAGGCUCAAUUUUCUCACUCUUAUACUGUUUACACUUUUGAGAGGAUAUUUGUUCAUGUCAUCUGUAAUGACCAGUAUUGACCACUCCUUCCAGUCA